AUGGAGUUUGGGAUGCCCUUAAAUGCAAAUAGUACUUAUUGCUUGGAUUAUGGUAGCGCUACUCCUACUAGGUGUAGCUUGGUUGACUUGCUCACAACCAUUUUCUGUUGGUUACUAGUUUCUCUUUGGUGGCUGUCGACUUGCUAUGGUGGCAUGGCUUGUGGUUGUAGGAUUGUGCAGCACAUACCUGUUAACGGUGUUAGGGUUUCCUAA